AAAGUAACUUAUCUGCAUCAUAAGACUUGGAAUAUAUCAAAUGGACACUAUGUGUGGUUAGACAACCCCUUAAAAUAGCAACUUUUAUAUUUUUUCUGUACUUCUUUGCAUAUAAUUCUUCCCCUAUUUAUAGAAUCACUCACAUUGUCGUCCUGAGAAGAUCAUUUAAACCAAAGAGUGAAGAAAAAAAAAACCUGAAACAAUGUUUAGAUUUUCUUUAGUUUCCAUAGUAGACCCCUGAGAGUCCAGACCAUGAAAGGACCUGAACAUAGAAUUUAUGGAAUUCUAUGAAUUAAAAAGGUAAUAGAGGAAAAAAAUAGAGGGAAGUUUACUUUUCCCAUUUCCAUAGAAACUGCAAAAUAGCCCCCCUGCUGGGAAGUAAAGGGGAAGAGAAAUUUGGCAUAACUUUGGUAGAAAUAUGAAAGAGGAACAGAACUGGGGGGCCCACAGGAAGUGUGUGGUCACACCAACACAGGUCUCUGCAUGGGACCUAUGACACCUCUGAACUCAUGUGGGGGGCUGGUGUCUUCCAAAAGCUCAAGGAAGGGAGAGCUGGAAGUAACCAUUUCUUGAAGGUGCUGGUUCAUUCAAAUGACAUACUUUAUGGUCAAGGGCUACCUAAAUUAUUGGAUUAUUUGUAUGUGUAGGGGGGUGUGGGGAAGGUUUGAAACUGCCAAUUCUACAGGAUCUCUUAAAAGAAUAUGAGGCAAGUACAGACUACCAAAUGGUCUCUGCUACUAUCUCCACAUCUUGUUUCUUUAUUAUUAAGGAGCUAGGCCUUUCUAUUUCCAUUCCAUUGAUGAUACAGGCAACUUGUCAAUUACUCUAACAUUCCUGGCUUCCUUAAUGAACUGACAGCUGUUUGCCAGGCAAUGUGAGACAGUCCUGCUUCAGUCUGAGUUCUUGAGGCAGUCUGCAAAAUGACAAAGAGAGAACCUCCUGCUGUUUUAAGCCUGUUGGGGAGCAGUGGGACCUGACUGAGGAAGGUGUUCAGAUGGUGGUGACAUUGUCCUUAUACUUGCUGGUCUCCAAAAUCCUUAUGUCCUAUCCCAGUGUUCUCUGUUUGAGAUUGUUGCUCCUCUGUCACAGCUUAUCAGAAAUCGUCACUCUUUUUUGCUGCAACCUGUCUUACCACCAGUGGUAUAGAAAGCAGUGGGCCCUGAUGAAAAUAAGUUGAUUGUAGAGAAGUGGAUGAAUCUGGGGCAUGUGUCCUGGAGUCAGAUUAAACAGCAUGUGUGUGUGUGUGUGUUUGUGUAUGUGUGUGUGUAUUUCAACAUACAGAAACUGACUAAAUUUUUCUUUAAAAAAGUCCACUUAAAAAUCUGGCAAGCUGUUAGCUUUUCUUUUCUCUGACUUCAGUUCUUUGGCUCUCAUAUUUUUAUGUGACUUUACUUCACAAAUUUAAGCGGAUCAGCUUGUGCUCCCUGGAAGAAGGAAGCUGGCACUCUGCCGACUGGGCUGGGCCUUACUAAGUUUCAGUUUCCUUUUCUCUGAGUCACCGAAGCCUCCACAUUGCUGAAGAAUUUUUUGCUCCUAUCGUGUGUCUGCUUAGCUGUCCAGACAGAGCAGCUACGUUCCACUUCAGUCCUUGUACAGAUUCUACAAACAGAUCGAGAAGUAUGGCGGUGAGAACUCGUUUGACAUGGAUGCAAGAAAAGAAUCUGCAAACUUAUUUUGGAGGAAAACAGUUUACCCUUCUCUAUAAAGCUAGUGUUCAUGAAUUCUCUGCAUAUUAUUUGUUUAAGAGAUGCUGUGAUCAAGGGCCGAUUGUGGUGGUGAUUUAUAAGGAACACUAUGUUGUUGGGGCAUAUAUGAAAACAAGUUGCAAGAAAGAGGAGAAAAUUCCCAUCGUCCUUUUUGCUCUUGAAGAGAAUACAAUUUCAGAAUGCAAAAUAAGCUCAUAUGUACCAAUUGAAUUGUUUCAUGAUGGUAGUAGAGGAAGGAAUGACUUAGAAUUCCACAUAAAUAUGAGGAAACAAGUGAUGACUCUGAACUUAGAUACAAGUGAAAAACUUCGAUUACCUCAUAUGCAAGCUUCUCCCUUUCAGGAAUGUGAAGUUUUUCGAUGUGAAGAUUUGUUGGACAGAAGGACUCUGGAAGGAAUUAAUGAGCUCCACGAGAGCUUAUUGUCAGCCGUGAACACUUACAAACCACAUAAAAACCUCGUUCCCCAAGUGCGAAUUCUGCUUCUGGGUCCGACUAGAGCUGGGAAGUCUAGCUUUUUCAACUCAGUGAAGUCUGUUUUCCGAGGCCAUGUCACACACCAGGCUCUGGUGGGCUCUGAAGCGACUGGGGUAUCUGACACGUACAGGACAUAUUCCAUUAAGGAUACGGUGGAUGGCAACUUCCUGCCUUUUAUUCUGUGUGACACAAUGGGCCUGCAUGAGAGAGGAAAAGGGCUGUGUGUGGAUGACAUAGCCUACAUCUUGAAAGGCCACAUUUCUGACAGAUACCAGUUUAACUCCAUGAAACCAAUCAUACCAAGUCAUUGUAACUAUAUUCACUACCCGUUGCUGAAGGACAGAAUUCAUUGUGCGGCAUUUGUGCUUGAUGUCAACUCUGUUAAAUACAUCUCUCAUGAGAUGAUAGCAAAGAUCAAAGCAAUUCGAAGGCAAUUGAUAAAGUGUGGUAUGCCACAUGUGGUUUUGCUCACUCAUGUGGAUAGCAUGCAGCUGAUUACAAAAGGUGACCUUACAGACAUAUACAGAUGUAUUCCUGUGAAGCACAAGUUAGAGGCAGUCCACAAAAAACUUGGAUUUGCUCUUUCUGAUAUCUUGGUGGUUAGUAAUUAUACCUCAGAGUGGGAGUUGGACCCUAUAAAAGAUGUUUUGAUCCUCUCUGCGCUGAGACAUAUGCUGUGGAUUUCAGAUGACUUCUUAGAAGAUUUGACCGCUCGAGGAAACAAGGAUUUAGUGGUGUAAACACUUGAAGGUAUCAGCUGUAUGGCUACUCCCUGCUUGGAUCUAUUGGGUACCUGGCAGUUCAUUGUGUCUCUAUGGAUCACUGUCCUGUGAAUAGUCCUACUCUUUAACUCACUGGCCAGAUGUGUUUUUCUUUCCCCUCACUUUUCCUGAUUUCCCACCCUUAGGGUAUAUCCCACAGAUUUGUACUACUUCUCUUUCUCCUGUCUUAAGAUAGAAUCUUUGAAAUGAUGCACUUCUGUCAUUUGUACUGUUUGAACAUCCCAAGCUGUAUCCUUGCCCUCUUCUCUUGAAAUGUGUUUUUUGCUUGGGACCCUGAUAUGGAUUGGAUCAACAUUGUUUCUGAUCAGAUGUGAUCUUUGGUUAUAUGCCUCUUUUACUUUUUAAAUUUUUUAAUGUUUAUUUAUUUUUGAGAGAGCAUGAGUAGGGGAGGGGCAGAGAGUGAGGGGGGCAGAGGAUCUGAAGCAGGCUCUGCACUGACAGCAAUGAGACUGAUGCGGGGCUCAAACUCACAAACUCAUGAACCGUGAGAUCAUGACUUGAGCCAAAGUAAGCAACUGACCCACCCAGGCGUCCCUUGAUUACAUUCCUCUUUCUUGGUACCUACAUUUCUGCCUUUUUCGACUUGACUUUUUUGACAUGUCUCCCUCCUCAGAGUUUCUCUUAAUGCCAUGUACUCAGGAUGGUCUUAAUGCCCAUGGCAGAUGUAUGUGCUUUUCAGAUUUAUGACCUCAGAUUUUAGCAUUACAUGCAGUCUCUUUCAACCUCUAUCAACAAUAUGCUGCACUGUUUCAAUCAAAGAUCAGACAGAAAGAAGUUUCAAUCUAUACUCAAAUCUUAUUUUAGUUUGUGAGAAAUCAAAUUAGAAUAUAAUAUCCUCUUUAUUCUCUCUCACUUGCAAACUACUAAGACAUUCUCAUGCUACUACUAACUCCGCCAUCUUGUUUUCUCCAUUUCUUCUCUUCUUGAUGGGCACAUGCACUCCCAAAGGGGAGAUUGGAAUAUUCCUUUUCCUUCUGGUUGCUUUUCCUUAAAUAAACCAUUAAGAAUA